UAUCAAUGGCGGCUCGCUUCACCCUUCUCCAAAGGUUGAAAAGCUCUCAGCUUUCUCCUCUCCUUCAUCGCUUCUUCACCGCGAUCCCAGCCCAAUCCAUUGCCUCUUCCACUCAAGCUCUUUCCAGCACUCUCUCCCACUUCUCCCACUUCUCUAGCCUUCCUAUCCCUUUGAGGAAUCCAUUGUCUUUGCGGAGCUUCAGCCAUGGCAGCGUGAAUCUCGUCCUCUCCCAAGGGAAACCCAAGUUCGAGGUCAUCGAGCCGGAGCUCCCCAAGAAGGAGAAGUGGAGGACCAAGAAGCGGCUGAAGAUGCAGAGGAAGAGGGAGAAGCAGAAGAGGAGGGGGGCCAAUAAGACCGAUCCUAGACGUAUUCGUCCCAAGGGCAUCAAAAAGAAGCAGCGGUUCCCCACUGCUGAAUCCCGGCUCAAGUAUAAGAUUGAGAAGGCUAAAGCUAAAGAAAUGAUGCUAGUUGAAAAGCUGAAGAAGUAUGAAGUACCAAAAGUUCAAGGUCCAAUACCAAAACCAGAAGUUCUAACUGGUGAGGAACGGUUCUUCAUAAAAAUGGCCCAGAAAAGGUCUAAUUAUGUACCUGUUGGAAGGCGGGGAGUGUUCGGAGGUGUAAUACUCAACAUGCAUCUGCAUUGGAAAAAACAUGAAACUGUUAAAGUCAUCUGCAAACCCUGUAAACCAGGCCAAGUUCGUGAAUAUGCCAAUGAAAUAGCUAGGUUGAGUGGUGGAAUACCAAUUCAAGUUAUAGGAGAUGAUACGAUAAUUUUUUAUCGUGGGAAGAACUAUGUGCAACCUGAAGUGAUGUCACCUAUUGACACAUUAUCCAAGAAAAAAAGGUAUGCACUCGUGAAAUCAAAAUAUGAGCAAUCACUGGAGAGCGUGAGGCGCUUCAUUGCUAUAUCAGAGAAAGAGCUUGAACUUUAUUACCGUCAUGUGGCACUUUAUGGUGAUCCAAGCACUCGGAAUUCAGAUUUACUUUAUGCAGACCAAGCAAGAGUUCUGUGUAAUCAAGGAACAAACACAUCUGACAGAGUAGAAAUAGAGACCAACCAUUCCAUUAGUGAUGAUAUUAUCACAGAUGGUUCAGAUUCUGAAGUUAAUUCUGAUGAUGAAGGCAUAGAAACUGACAGCCAUUCCAUUAGUGAUGAUAUAAGCACAUAUAUUUCAGAUUUAGAAGAAGCUAAUUCUGAGGAUGAAGUACCGCAAGCUGAAGACAAUUUUGGAAGGUGAAAAAUUAUUGGAGCCUAAAGUUAUUUCAGUGGAUGAAGACGAUGUGCGCAACAAAUGGAUGUUGGCUGCCUGACUCGUGUCAACCACGAAAGUUGGAAUUGGGUUCAUCAGAUUCGAUGGGCGUAUUAACAAAGUACCAACUGCCUAUGUUGUUAUCCCAUCCACCGGUGAUUCAAACUGCACAUUUCCUUCGUAGAUAUGGUGGAAAUGAAACUAA